UCUUUUUCCUUGUUUCAUCUACACUGAAAAUCUGUAGACUGUUUAAGAAAUCAGUUACAAUGAAGAUCUUUUUCUUUCCCUCCAUGUUUCUCUUCUUUGGUGUCCUCAUUCUACCAGUGGGCUCUAGACUUCGUUUUACCAUCCCUGGUACCAUUCCUACAGGAUUGACAACAAUAUGUAUUCCAAACCUUCGAAUAUUAGAAAUGAAGGCAACUUCUUCCCCAAUAUCUAAAAGCAAACAACUUGAGAAAAAAGAAUUCAGCACAGCCAACCGUAUACAGAUCCCGACGGAAAUCAAUUGGUGGCAAGCUUGUUUAUAUAUUGGUGGACAAUGUAGACCUCAGUGUGGUAACAAAGAGUUUAGACUUUCAUUCUGUGAAAGUCCUAAAUUUGCUUGCUGUUUAAGAGAAUGUGAUCCAAACAACAAGGUAUAAUUGAAGAGACACAGAUGCAAGAAGCAGAGACAUCUUAAUUAAGUCUUUCUAUCAUUGCAUUACUUCAUUUAUGGUCUAGUAUUUCUGUGCAUGUAUAUCUAUAAAGAAUUAAAA